AUGUCGCUGUAUCAUAAGGUUUUGUUAUUUCUUGUCUUUGGCUUCACUGCCGCUUUAACCAAUGAUUCUAGCACGACGCUAGCUCUUUCCAGACGAGGACUGGAAUUCUUCAAUUCUAUUGGCCAUAAAAUAGCAAGUUUUCUUAAAAUUUUAUUUUUUAAGCAAAGGGAAGUAAAUGAAGGAUAUAAUUUCUUUAAAUUAAUACCUAUAUACAUUUAGUAAAACAGAAAAAAGUUACAAAUUACCUUUUCACUCAAAAUACAGAUGUGCUUAAGGUAAACAGAGAACUUCCCAAAAUCGCCUUCCCUAACAUCAGUCUACCUAUAAAUGGCGGGCCAGGUAGUGGAGAAGUGACCGUGCGAGAUUUGAGGAUUCCAAAGUUUGAUUCUCCACUAUUUCAAUUCGAUUUACUGCCCCCAGAAGCGGUCAGUUGGAAGUCAGAAGGAGGUGCCAUCAAGAUCACUGGGAAUUGGUCAGCUGAAUACGACUUUGUUGCUCCGGUAAGAAACGACAUGUACAAUAAUAUUCUAUGACAUAGCAAUGUUUUAUUAUCACUGUAUUUGUAUUAUUUGCAAAAUUGAUUUUUGAAUUUUCUACUCUUUGAUAAUGACGUCUUAAACAUAAGAUAAAUCGGAACUAGGCAUGAAGAACGAGCCAGGCCCACCUUUUAGUCAUGGCUCGAUCCUAAUUUUGUAUAAGCCCGACCCGUUCACUAUGUCUAAAAAACGUUACAAAUCCUAGCUUUAACUUUAUCGUAGUCUUACUAAUACAAAUGGUAUGUGUUCAGUCUACAGUAAGACCCAGUUUGUAAAAAAUAUAAGAAAUUUAGAGUAUGUUGUGGGUAUGAACAUAUAGGGUUCAAUUAGUCAAUGUUAGACGGAGUAGAGUACGGUAGGCAUACAAACGGUAGCAUUGAAAAAGAAAAGUAAAUUUUUAAUAUAAUAGGGUUCAAAUGGCUUUUUGUAAAGUAAGCGUUUUAAAUUUACAUACUGGAAAGAAUAUUUUUAGAUUUAUCUUGGUGGAUGGGUGAAUAUUCUUGUGAGCGGAGUGAAUACUGUAACUUCGUUUUCUGUUUACAGUAAGGAUGGCCAUCCACAGCUUAAACUCCACAAGUGUUCUGUAGACGUGGAAGAUCUUCAUCUUACCCUCGGGGGCGGUGUAAUCGAGUGGAUUGUAAACUUAUGCAGCUCUGACUUGAGUCACGCGAUAAAGAAGGCCAUCCACAAUCAGGUAAGUUAACAUUGAAUUCGACACCUCUGUGUAAUGCUACUAAAUGUUACUUGGCACAUCUAUAUUACGGAAGAUUAUCUAUAUUAUUAAUAUAAUAUAUUCUGUGAUCUUUCAAGAAUUUGUGUUAUGUAUGUUGCAGUUAUGUGAUACUACAAAGACGGUUCUCAUCGACGAAGCCAAUGAAGCGCUACGUUCAAUACCAAAACAUCUUGAUGUUGCUGGAGACAUCUACCUUGAUUACAACUUGGUCAAAAACCCAGUAGAAAUUAACAGGUAUGCAUUUGAAUUAGUCUUAUAGAUGUUUCAAUAUAAGCAAUGGUAGAAUAUGUGUUUUAGUGAUCAUAUAGUAGGCCAAGCAGACAUUGAUGUGAUGUUGUACAAUAAGACUUGUUCAUUGCCGAAAGAACCAGUUAUAGUAGGACAGAUAGACGACUCUUAUAUGGCAAACCUUUGGAUAUCGAGUCAUACUGGCAACUGUGCUUUGCUAAGUGCUCACGACGCCAACAUUCUGCGGUUCAACAUUACUAAAGAUGUGUUUGAAAAGAUGGCAUCUUUCUUGUCUACAACGUAAGGACUUCAUGGAUAAGCCAGAUACUUGUGAUUAUCAAAUGUAGAUUUACAAUCACAAACUAAAGAAAAAAAAUUGACAUAAAAGGUACCAGUAGUUCUAAAAUGAACUAUUUUGGCGAACCCUACUUUUACAACUACUUUUUUUCUAUUUUAACGCAAAAAAGGCUACAAUAUUGUAAACUACAUUAAUACUUACAAUAACCAACAUUUUUCUCAACUUUUUGAAAGUCUUAAUUAUCUUGUAAUUACAGAUGUCAAGGAUUCAUUCCGUGUAUUUCAACUUUCUUCCCUUACCUAAAACAACAUUACCCAAACAGAUAUGUAGAACUAAACUUCUACUCUUCUGAACGACCACGGCUUCUAGUGGAUGAAGAAGCUACAGUAGACUCUCAGCUUUAUAUUGACAUAAUGAUUGAACCAGAAGAAGGAAAAGAAGAUGUUAAAGUGGUAUUGGCACAGUUGUGUAAGUUUUUAAGUGGUUGUAUCGUUUAUUUUGGUCACAGCACAUUAAAGUAUAGAAGGAAUAUUGGUUACAGACUUAAACUGCAUCUAAUCUAGUAUAAGAUAGACCAUCCUACUUAGGUAAUACAUGGUGUAGCUUAAAAAACAGUAUUAGAACAGUUGAGAUUGCAAAUAUAAAAGAUUCAUCUUUGUCUUAAAACAUAUUUGCUACAGUGACAUAGUUAAUUUUAUUAUUACCGUAAGAAACUUCUAGCGGUGAACUCAAACAUUACGGUCGAACCUCGCCUUUUCAACAACCGUCUUUGUGGAGAACUCAAGGAAUCCAAGUUGACAAUCAAAGAGAACUUCUCGAAUAUGGGGAAGAUCAGUCAAACGUUCCUCAACGUCCUCAACGCAUUACUGGCUCCUGUACUUCGAGCUAGUGCUGAUACCUUGUUGAGGAUCGGGUUGUCAAUUCCCAUGGUAGAGAACAUGACAUUGAGGAAUGAGAGUAAGAUCGAGCUUUACAAAAACACAAUCGGCGUCUUUGCCAACAUUGAAUACAUCGAAUAACACCGCUUUUAUAUCUUACUCCUUGAAUAUGUGUUUAUGAUUUGAAAAAAAAUGUUGUACUCACAAGUGAAAAACCUUGCAUUUAUAUUUUUAACUGAGUUUUGUGACAAAAUUAUGUUUAGUUUUGAAUAAAUUUAAAGACGUUGGGUCCAUACAUACUCUAUUCCAUAUCAUAGAAAACAAAGAUUUUUUAACUGUUUGGUUUAGUCAGUACAAUAUAGCUAGCUUAUUCGUUUAAAAUAAUAUUGUUUGGCUGAUGCACAAAGCCAAAGUCAAUACCGUAGACAAUAUUUUUAAAACCGAACUUUUCUCAAAAAAUCGAUAAAUUGCCAAUUGUGACACUUCGUUACCAAUAAAAGAGAUUUUUUUUUAUCGAAAAAAUUAAUUUUCUUUUUCUUUUUUUUUGCAUUUUUGUUAAAUAUUCGCGUUGAUAGCUACAACAAUAUAGUGGAGCGUUUGUUUUCCGCUUAAGAUGGGGGACGCAUUUGAAAUGGCAGCCCUGACGAUUUAGGUGUUAUGGCUGCCUCUCGACUCCGCAGCCAAGUGGAGGACCCGCCUUUACUCCUCGCGGAUUGGCUGUGACAGAGGGGCGCCGUUGCAUUUCUUCUCUGCAUCUCGUCGUUUGCAGAAGUCUCUCAGAGCUAAGGGAAUGCACCCACACUCUCAAUCUUUCUACUCGGCGCCGUUGCAGAACACAAAAAACUAGCAUAUUUAUAUUAAAGUAGUUGAUCAAUCUCAACUUUUUUGUACUUUUGUACCCGACUGUACUCGGCGUACCGGGCAGGGCGAUCGGGCGGUGGCAUUUUAUCGAUUUUUGGGGAUUUCCACUUUUGAGGGUGUAUCGAUCGAUUAACUCUUGUCUUUUUGUUACAGUAUGCAAAUUUCGCUCAGCUUUAUCGCUUGUUUCAGUCUUUUUCUUUUGAACUUUUUGUUUUUUUAGAAUUUCCAAGUUUUUUGGACUGAUCCACAGCCGGAUCCAAUUUUUGUAAAUAUUCGGCGGACUCCCGUGAACGUAUGUCUUUCGUAGUAUAACAGACAUAUUCCGUUAGUGAUGAAAAUAUAACACGAAAUCAAUAGCUCAGAUUUAAUUAUUUUAAUAUCUCAAUGUUUCAGAUAGCUUAUGUAAGAUAGUAAUGGAUGAUCAACAGCCUCGGAAAAAGGCUCGAUUAUCAAACCAGAAUAGUAAGUGCUUUUAUCGUAAUGUUCAAGUAUCUGUAGAUGGAGACCUCGAUAGCUAUGGGAAUGACGUUGGCAUGCCUAUGGAACAAGCUCAUGUUGGUAUGCAAAAUGGUAAUUCUGGAAUGGGAAUGCAAAUGAACCAAAGCCAAAUGCAUCAAUAUCAUGGCCAACCGAACCAGUCAAAUGGUCCCCAGAUGAUGCAGAUGGGACAACAAGGACAGCCAUCGCAGCCGUCUAUUUUACAAGAAUUACUGCUCAGUAACCAGAGUGGGUCGACGAAUAGUCCCCGAACGCAGUACGCCAGCACACAGCAGUUCAACAACCGCGAGAUACGAAGUCCGGCGACGAAUAGUUCUGGCCAGAACUUGAUGUCGCCGCCGCCCAACGGGAUGCAGAUGCAAGGGAGGAUGAAUCCACACAUACGACCGCCCAUGCCUAAUGGUACGAUGCAGCCGAAUGGACAGAAUGCUCCACCUGGCUAUCGACCUCAGCAAAUGCGGCCUCGGCAACCUAUGAUGGUAAGAACUUUUAAUAUUAUUGGUUGUAAAUUUAGGUAUUUAUUAUAUUGAAAAAGUAACAUGCAAAGGUUUUGAGUUUAAAUGCAAGGAAAUGCUUGAUAUAAAUCCAUAUUCAAAAUUAUUUUUUUAGAUGCAAGGAGGGCCACAAUGGAAUGGUCAGCAACAAAUGUACAUGGCUCCUCAACAAGGAAUGCCUCCGCGAGCUCAAGGCCAACAACAAAUCGGGUAUAAUCCGUCACCUCAGAUGCACGGCCAGGUAGCUGGUGGCAUGGUGCCGAAUCAACAACCACCUUCCAAUGCUAGUGUAAUGUCGAUGGAGUCGCCGAUGUUGGGCAUGGGUAACCAGAUGAGAGGGCAGCCUCCACCAAUGAAUCUUUCUCAACAACAACAAGACCCAGAAAAACGAAAAUUGAUCCAACAGCAGCUGGUUCUUCUUCUACACGCUCACAAGUGUCAGCAACGCGAGCGACAAGAGCAAGGCCAACGAACUCAAUGCAACCUGCCGCAUUGCUCGACCAUGAAGAACGUGCUGGAUCACAUGAUCAACUGCAACAACGGAAGGCAGUGUCAGUUUCCUCAUUGCGCUUCAUCACGACAAAUUAUCACACAUUGGAAGAAUUGUAAGAAAGAAGAUUGCCCCGUGUGCAAGCCACUCAAGAAUUUCAGUCGUGAGUGCAUUUCGUGUAUUAAAAUAAUGUUGUUUAGGUAACGGGAAUGGCAUGAACGGUGGGAACAACAUCAAUGGCCCCAACGGAAUGAUGCAAGGCUUCGAUCCCAACAUUGGAGCCAACAGCCUUCUCAUGGACUUCAAUCCCAACCCAGGGUAUGCUAUUAUAUUCAGGAGUUAAAUACAUGUUUAGGGAUCCUUUUAGAUCUGCCAAUCCCCCCAAUAAAAUUGCACCUCAAUUGGCCAAUGGGCGAGCAUCGGUUGGAGAACCAGGAGAUGGAAUUGGUAACCUUCCGCCUCCAGAUCCUCCAACCAACGAAAAGGAAUGGCACUCUUCGAUCACUCUGGACCUCAGGAAUCAUUUGGUGGGGAAAUUGGUCAAGGCCAUCUUUCCUUCACCUGAUCCGGCUGCUAUUCAGGAUCAAAGGAUAAAGGAUCUCAUAUCAUACGCGAGGAAGGUCGAGAAAGAAAUGUUUGAAUCGGCGGACGACAAGGAGGAGUACUACCAUUUGUUGGCCGAGAAGAUCUAUAAAAUACAAAAAGAGUUGCAAGAGAAGAAGAACAGACGACUCAACGAACAAGGGAACGUGAUGGAUGUGCGGAUGUUGUUACCUCAGAGUUCUAGCCAAAAUCUGAUGACUAACUUAGGGAACCCACAACCUCCAUCCAAUCAGGUAAAGCUGGAGACAUUCGAGGUAUUCUUUUAUUCUUAUUUGGGCGCAAUGAUUUGCUUUUAUAUUCUUGCAAUGUUGUUAUAGUUUUCCAAUUUUUAUACUUUAACGUUACAGGGUAUGUUACCAAGGCCGCAGAGUUCUCAGCAGCUUCCAUCAACGUCGCAAGCUUCAAUUCAAGCGAAUAAUGCGACAAAUGGUCAGUUUGGACAAUCAGUUCAGCCAUUGAAUGUGGAAUGUAAAGCAGAACCCAUGGAUUCCAGCUUGCCUUCAACAUCUAAUCCAGUGGUGCAAAGGCCAAUCAAAGAAGAGCCGAUUAAGGAAGAACCAAAGCCAGUCUUCGCACCAAAACCUGAACCUAAAGAAGAGCCACAAGUGGAAGAGAAGACUUUCAAUCCAGACGAGCUUCGAAGUUUCUUGAAGCCCGUAUGGGACAAGUUGUACGCGUGUGAGGAAGCCAUUCCGUUCAGGGUUCCUGUAGAUGCUGAGAUGCUGAAGAUCCCGGACUACUUUGACAUUAUUAAGAAGCCCAUGGAUCUUCACACGAUAUCGACUAAACUCGACAGUGGAAAGUACAAAAACCCUUGGGAGUUCUGCGACGACAUGCACCUUAUGUUCGCAAAUGCAUGGUUGUACAACAGAAAGAACUCGAAAGUCUACAAGUUUUGCUCAAAACUCAGCGAACUUUUCAUCGAAAUGAUCGACCCAGUCAUGCAGCAGAUGGGCUACUGUUGUGGUCAGAAAUUGUCUUUCACCCCGUUGGCAUUGUUUUGUUUCGGACAGUCGAUGUGUGUCAUUGCCCGCGAUCAGCCGUACUACAUGUUCGAAACUGGAUCUUCUCAAUUUGGUGUUACGGUAUCGGAGAAGUACAUCUAUUGUCCUAAGUGUUUCGAAGCUUUACCGCCAGAGGGCAUCAACUUGAAUGAGAACCCAGCCGAGGCUCCAAAGUAAGUUACAUACAUGUUGAAUUUGUUAAAAUCUUAAAAUAUAUUUGAAAUUCUACGUUUUAGCAUGGUGCCCAAAGAGAAGUUCCAAAUGUUGAAAAACGACCAAAUCGACGCCGAACCUUUUGAACAUUGUAAACUCUGCAAACGGAAGUGGCACAGGAUAUGUGCUGUGUACAGUAAAAAGGUCUACAACGAAGGCUUUAUAUGUAAUUAUUGUCGCAACGAAAAGAGUCUUCCUCUCCCAGAGAACAAGUUCACAGCCAAGAAGCUACCUCAUUGUAAACUGUCAAAGUAUAUUGAAGACAGAGUGAAUGGCUAUAUCACCACCAAUCUACAGCAACAGAAGGGCAAGGGAAGCAGCGAGGUUGUGAUACGAGUGUUGGCCGCUUCUGACAAAGAAGUAGAGGUGAAGCCACUGAUGAAGCAAAAGUAAGUUUGUUUAAAGUAAUCAGCAUCUUUAAAUUUAGGUAUACACAAGAAGGAUUCCCCGAGAAGUUCCCGUACCGAACGAAAGCUAUCUUCGCCUUCGAAAUUCUCGAUGGAUACGAAGUUUGCUUUUUUGGUCUGCACGUCCAGGAGUACGGUAGCAACUGUCCGGCACCAAACAGAAGGAGGGUCUACAUUGCAUAUCUGGAUUCUGUCCACUUUUUCCAACCACGAGAACUGAGGACGGACGUCUACCACGAAAUUCUUCUGGGAUACAUGCAAUACGUCAAGCUUCAAGGCUUUACGAUGGCUCAUAUUUGGGCUUGUCCGCCAUCCGAAGGAGAUGACUACAUCUUCCACUGCCAUCCUCCAGAGCAGAAGAUCCCGAAGCCGAAGCGGUUACAGGAUUGGUACAAAAGAAUGUUGGAGAAGGGUCAGAAGGAGGAAACGGUGUACGAAUACAAGGACAUCUUCAAGCAGGUAGGACACAAAGACUUAAUUCUAAACAUAAUUUUAGGCAAAAGAUGACAACUUGAUGACACCAAAAGAGUUGCCAUACUUCGAAGGAGAUUUUUGGCCCAACAUCAUUGAAGAUUGCAUUAGAGAUGCAGAGAAAGAAGAAACCGACAGGAAAAUGCUGGAACUGCAAGAUGACGACGAUGAAGACUUGUUUUCUACAGAUGACGGUGUCAGGAAGAAGAACAACAAGAGUAACAAGAACAAGAAGAACAACUUAAAGAAACUCAGCAAGCAAAAGAAGAAGAACGCUACUGGUACCGGAAAUCACAUUACCGACAAGCUAUACAACGUACUAGAAAAGCACAAGGAAGUGUUCUUCACCAUUCGACUGGUAUCACAACAACAAGAAUGUACGGUAAACGCCAAAGAAAUUACCGAUCCCGAUCCGUUGGUGGCCAGUGAACUGAUGGAUGGCCGAGACAUCUUCUUGAACAAAGCUCGUGAAGAACAUUGGGAGUUCUCGUCUCUGAGGAGGGCCAAGUACAGUACCCUCAACUUCUGCCACGCUCUGCAUACACAGGACAACAAGGACAUGACUUACACGUGUAACAAGUGUAGCUCCAACACGGCCAGCUGGCACUGUCCAGUUUGCGAAGACUACGAUCUUUGCCAAGGUUGUUAUGCCGAAGCCAAGCAUGACCACAAGAUGGAGAAGAUCAACAGUCUUAUCGACGUGGACAGCAAGUCAAGCGAUGCGUCAAGUAGCCGAAGCAACGAGUCGGUCAAGCGUUGUAUCCAGUCUCUUGUUCACGCUGUACAGUGCCGGGACUCCAACUGUCGUCGUACUACCUGUCACAAGAUGAAGAAGGUCGUCCAACACACUAAAUUGUGCAAACGAAGGCAGACCAGCAACUGCCAGGUCUGUAAACAGCUCAUUGCCUUGUGUUGUUACCAUGCCAAGCAUUGUAACCUGCCUCAAUGUAACGUGCCGUUCUGUCCGAACAUCAGACAGAAGCUGGCUGAACAGAAGCGACUCCAGAACAGACACGCAGACAGAAUGAUGAGGAGACGUAUCGAGAAGCUGUCACAUGCUGGCGGAGCUGGACCAGCACCUACUCCUGCAGUACCACAAGCACAGCCAUCUACUUCACAGCAACCUUCUCAACCUAACACACCGAUGCAGCCAGGAUCCCAGAUGCAGAACAUGUCGAACCCGCCCUCCGUGGCUUCGAUACAUGGACAGAACAUGAAACCAAUGAUGGGAUCUAAUCCUCAAUCUAACCUGUCUAACGGGCCAGGGAAUUAUCAAGGUAAGUAGAUAUUUCAUUGUGAUUAUUUGUUUCGAAAAUUAUGACAAAACGCAGUUAUUAUCUUGAAAGACUUAAAAGCUAAGAAAAUCCUCGUUUAGGUCAAAUGCCGAGCAAACUGAACCCGUCACAUAUGCAGCAACACGCGCAACAACAAUAUCAUGGCCAACAACAGAUGAGUAACAUGACUGGGCCACCAGGACAUGGCAUGCACAUGGGACAACCUCACAUGAUGAAUCGAAUGAAUCAGGUAGGUUGGUUUGAAUGGUAUCAGUAGUUGUAGAUCAUGAUUUUAAUUUUUUAAGACAUUAAUUUAAUUACGUGGUGACGAAGUUUCAAUUUCAGUAUCAACCCGGGCACCAACCCAUGAAUCCACACGGACAGAGAAUGCAGCAACAGAUGAUGGGCGGCCAAGGGAUGCAACACCACCAAGGGCAGAUAAACCCGCCACCGUACAAUCGGAAUCCCCAGAUGAUGCCUCAUCAGAACCCCCAACAUCAGGGCUUCUACCAGCAGGGCCAAGCACAACAAGGCUACGGCCAGCCACAGAUGGGGAUGAACCAAGGAAUGAUGGGACAAGCAACGCCUGGCCAACAACAACGGCCCAUUAACGGGCCGGCCUCGCAGACGCAAGGCGGGCCUCCGCCGGCCGGCCAACUCCGCCCUCCGGCUGCUCAAGCUCGGGGUAAGUGAUCGAGUGGCAGGUAAUAAUUAGUUUAAAGUUUAAGAUUCGCCUGGUGCGAAUUUGCAAGAUUCAAAAGCGCCGCGCACGCCGAAGCAACCCAUGGACCCUCAGCUGCAACAGAUCUUCCACCGACUUCAGAAGGUCAAGUCUUCGGAGGAGCGGCAGGCGCUGUUUGCUGAUCUCAAGAAAACACCUCAUCUUCUGGCUGCGUUCCUCAAAAUCCGUCCCAAUACCGGGAGCCGCACCAACUCCAAUAUUGAUUCCUCGCUGGCCAACCAGAUCAAGGCUGACCACGACCUGGAGGGGCCGGCCGGGAAUUGA